GUGAAAGUCAAUCAAAGUCACCCAUUUUCGGGGGAUGAUUGCGUAUCGCGAAUGCAAUUAACAAUCGAAACGAAGGUAAAAGGAGAAGAAGUAGUAGAAGAAGAGAUAGUGGUGGAAGGGAGCGAGAGCGCGAGAGAGAGAGAGAGAGAGAAAGAACGGAGGAAUGCAAUCAAAUAUUUACUAUUAGUUUUCCCGUGACGUCAAUGUCAACUUGAAACAAAUGAAUGAAGACGACGGCCGCCGCCGCCAUAUUGUUAGAAUUAUGUUUGUUUGGUUUACACCUGCCUCUCGUGAGUCUCCUCUUUCGUGAAGCAACAAGCAACAAUAACAAUAACAACAACGUCGUUGCUUUGUGCGGACAAGAAAAGAGUUCAUCUGCAGCAGAUACUUUGUGUGCGUGAAAUUAGAUAAUUGUUGCGAGUGAACGUUCGAAUUGAUAAUAGAUCAUCGAUAGUGUAAUCGAAUUUGUUUUCAACCAGGGAUUCCAGACGUCUGCGUAGUUGACAUAUAUAUAUAUAAAUAAAUAUAUUGGUGAAGGGAAAGGAAAAGUCACAGAGCAGUGAUUUUUCGUCUGUCGAGUUGGCAUCACCUCAAGUGCAGUGUGGUGUUAUUUACGUGCGAUCCGUUGCAGCAGCAGUGAGGGGUGAUAAAAUGAAAAAGGACUUUUACGUGUGUGCGCUUUUUAAAUAGAACGAGGAUAUUUAGUUAAUCGAAUAACUAUUAAAAUCCUGUUCAAGAUGUGCUCCUCCCAAUUCGUAACGAUAAACAUUUGCAUCCAGUGAUCCUUGUUCUUUCUCUUUGUGCGCGUCUCAAUCUCGCUCCCUUGUUUUGUUGGUGUGUCUGGAUCUUGACCUAAGUUACAUUAACAACAACAACAAGAAGAGCCUCUGCAGCAGCACCAGCGAGAAGAUGUUUUCCACAAGGAGGUUUUUCGAGUUCCUCUCCAUGAUAAUCUUCUACUUGCUCAUACAAAAUGAUUGCUGUUCAAGUAAUGCAGCAUCUGCAAUGAUUAGCCAAUCUCACGUGCGACAAAAGGCUUACUGCGAGUACUUCAAUCGGAGUCUGUGCAACGAGUCUCGGAUGAACGGUCAGGAGGAUGGUUGCAAUGAGAGGACGGAGGAGUGUUCGACCUUGGAAGGUAAAACGCAUUGUUUUGUUGUGUGGAAGCAGACGGAGGGUAACGUCUCCGUGGAGUUGAAAGGUUGCUUCGCCAACAAGGAUUGCAACGAGACCAGAUGCGUGGAGUCGUCGGAGGAGCCCAACAAGGAAUUCCUGUACUGCUGCUGCGCUGGCAGUAUGUGCAACAAGGACUUCUUCUGGGAGCCGAAGCCCCGAGUGAUCAAACCAAAGCAUCAAGAGCCUGAAUUGGUGAAAAACUCGAACUGGUUGGUUCUCAUUCAAGUGUUGAUCUUCGUGAUAGUAUUCUUGAUUAGCGCCUUCGGUAUUUGGUACUUCUUCGUGUACGGUAAAAAGAGUCUAUUCAAUGAGUGGGGCCUGCCGACGAUCGAGCCGAAUCCUCUGCCCUCGCCGUCUCCGCUCCUCGGGAAGCGAUCCAUCCAGCUGGUGGAGGUAAAGGCGCGCGGUCGCUUCGGGGCAGUGUGGAAGGCGAAAUUCAAGAGCGAGGAGGUCGCGGUAAAGGUGUUCCCGGUGCAGGACAAACAAUCCUGGCUCCAGGAGCAGGAGAUCUUCAAGCUGCCCAACAUGGAACACGCCAACAUCCUCCACUUCAUCGGCGUCGAGAAGCACAACGAUAAUCUGAAGACGGAGUUUUGGCUCAUCACAGCAUACCACGAAAUCGGUUCUCUUUGCGACUUCCUCAAGGCGAACACCCUCUCAUGGACGGACCUGUGUAAAGUCGUUGAAACCAUGGCCAGAGGUUUGAUGCAUUUACACGAGGAGAUUCCCGGGAGGCUGGGCAUGCCGACGAAACCGGCGGUCGCUCACAGAGACUUCAAGAGUAAGAACGUGCUGCUGAAGAGCAAUAUGACGGCGUGCAUCGCGGAUUUCGGUUUGGCGCUUGUCUUUGAGUCGGGAAAGUCGUGCGGCGAUACACACGGUCAAGUCGGCACCAGAAGAUACAUGGGCCCGGAAGUAUUGGAAGGCGCCAUCAAUUUUACACCUGAUGCAUUCUUGCGCAUCGACAUGUACGCCUGCGGUUUGGUUCUAUGGGAGCUGGUCUCUCGGUGCACAGAGCAGGACGGUCCUGUUCCCGAGUAUCGGUUACCGUUCGAAGAAGAGGUCGGUCAGCAUCCUACCUUGGAAGACAUGCAAGAAGCGGUCGUCCAGAGGAAAGUCAGACCGACGAUACCCGAGUCCUGGAGGAACAAUCCGGCUCUGUCGGCAUUGUGCGAGACCAUGGAGGAAUGCUGGGAUCACGACGCGGAGGCUCGUCUGUCUGCAUCGUGCGUGAUGGAAAGGGUACUUCACCAAAGUCGGUAUCGGCCUUCCUCGCUGACGAUGCGCAUAGAGAACGAAGCGCUUCGGAGUCCGACCAAGGAGAACAGCAUGUAGGCUGCAGUGAUUGAAGAAGACAAAGGUUAGCAAAUUCUUCAUCUUCUACACAUCGUACCUGCAUAGCUAACGUACCUGACGCUCUCGCAGCAAUUGCGUGUCGUGUCUUACCACACUUGCCCGCCCGUAUGGGAAUAGAUAAAUGCCGACCACCAUACAACCAAUAGACAUCUUAAGAUUCAUCUUAAAAGCAGCAAAGACAUCAUAAGUAUAUCACAUUACUGUAUUGCGCAUUAUUGCGAUCGAUGGUAGAAAACGGAAUCGAAGAAUGCAAGAAACUUAGGGCCGAAUAUCAUCCGGUAUGUAGACUUGGCAACUUCUUUUAAAUUGUUCUUCAUCGUACAAUAUCGUGUAUUGUGUUGUUGUGGGCGAUGUCCUGAAAAUGCAGACGGACGUGUUUCGGGCAUUAUUCGAUCGUUCAAACAAACCCUUCAUCCGAUCCUCCAAAAAGAGAUAUAUUUAUUCACACUGAAGAUAAUAGUAUUUAUCGUAUAGUUAACAGAUCGGAUCGGAUGAAUGCAAAGUACAAAUAUUCCUGAAAUAAUCAACUCGAUAACCAAAAAGUAAUAAGUAUAGCACCUGGGGCGAGGGGAGGGGAGGGUUUUUGUUUUGUUAAGAAUGAAGAAGUUAUGAUUUGCGCUAUCUCAAAACAAAAGAAAGUUACGCACUAUACACGGCGAAGAAGGCGUGAAACAAAGAAGUAAAUGCGUGUAAUUAUAAAUAUGAUCUAUUUAUGUAUGCAUAUUUACACCAAUUCCGUUAUAGAUUUUUGUUUUUGUUGAAAUUACCACAGUAAAAACGUCACAUCGACGCGAUGAUCAUGACGCGAGUGCCAAUUCAGUAGUGUCUCCUGUAGAUGAUGUGCGCUUAUGUAUAAACAUAUACAUAUUGAAUACAUUUCACCUUUUUCGUUUGUUUCGAAGAGUUCAUCUCUUCGUUCAUAGUAAUAUUUAUGUAGGAAAUCAAAUCUCAGAAUGCGUUGGUUCUUCUGCCAAACCACAGCAUAUAUAUAUAUAUAUAUUUAGUUUUUUUUUCUCGUUUUGUUUAAAAACUUUGUCUCCUUUUAACAGUGCCAUAUUUUCUCUAUUGUUGUUGUUUUAUAUUUGAUUAUUUAGUGUUUUUUUUUGUUUGUUUGAAUUAAUGUAAUUUUUAAUGCAAUAGUAAUAGCAAACUAAUAACUACUAACCGCGAUGAUUUUCAACAAGAGUGCAAACAAAAUGAGGAGAAAAGAUUAGUUGCAGAGAGAUAGAGAGAGAGAGAAAGAGAAUAGCUUUAAAAUUAAUGAUUUCAUUUACUUUUAAUAUUUGGGAGAGGAAAGUGCGCAAUGUACAUAUAUUUGAGUAGUGAAAGAAUUAUUUAAAAAAAAUAAACAAAUGGUUAGGAGAAAAUAGCGAGUGGAGAUCGGUGAGAAUAUGAAUAAAUAUAUUUUUAAUAUUGCAAAUUAACAAAAGAAAAAAAGAAAA